AUGGGCGUCGUCGCUGCUGCUGGCGGAGGAGGCGUCUCCAACGAGCUCGCGGGCCUGCUCGCGGGCCGCGACACUCGCUGGUACCGCGGUUUCUACCUCAAGCUCAACAUUAUGCUGUCUCUCGUGCUCAUCACCUCCAUGACUAACGGGUACGACGGCAGUAUGAUGAACGGGUUGCAAGCCCUCGACACGUGGAAAUCGUACUUCAACCACCCGGAGCGCAACCCCACCCUCUUUGGCGUGUACAACGCCAUCCAGUCAAUCGGCGGCAUCGUCGGUCUCCCCUUCGCCCCGUACCUCGCCGACCACCUCGGCCGGCGCUGGACCAUUUUCCUCGGCGCAGCACUUAUGGUGCUCGCGACGGCGAUCCAGACCGCGUCGCAAAACGUCGGCAUGUUCAUCUUCUCGCGCGGCCUCAUCGGUUUCGGUCUCUCCUGGGCCGGCCUCGCCUCGCCUCUCCUCAUCACAGAGCUUGCAUUCCCCACCCACCGCGCCCCCAUUACGUCGCUGUACAACGCGACAUGGUACCUCGGUUCGAUCAUUGCCGCGUGGACGACAUUUGGCACAUUCCGCAUCGACAACACGUGGUCGUGGCGCAUCCCCUCCGUGCUCCAGGGCCUGCCGUCUGUGCUCCAGCUCUUCUUCAUCUUCUGCAUCCCCGAGUCCCCGCGCUGGCUCAUCUCCAAGGGCAAGGUUGAGCCGGCGCGCGACAUCAUUACCAAAGUCCACUGCGGCGGCGAUGUCAACGACCCCCUCAUCGACUACGAGGUCGAAGAGAUCCGCGAGAUGAUCCGCAUCGAGCAGGAAGCCGCUAGAUCCUCAUCGUGGAAGGAGCUCUUCACCACCCCCGGCAACCUGCGCCGCAUGCGCAUCGUCCUCGCCAUCGCCUUCUUCUCCCAGUGGUCGGGCAACGGCCUCGUGUCGUACUACCUCACGAUCGUGCUCAAGGGCAUCGGCAUCACGUCUUCCGGCCACCAGACGCUCAUCAACGGCGUGCUCCAGGUCUACAACUUUUUCUGGGCCAUCGUCGGUGCCAUGACUGUCGACCGGCUCGGCCGCCGCUUCCUCUUCCUCACCUCGACUAUCGGUAUGAUGUUCUCCUUUAUCGCAUGGACGAUCUGCUCUGCCGUGUACCGUCAGAGCGCGACGGCCUUCGACCCCGUCUGUCUGAUGGAGCACAACGGCGACUCGCGCGAGUGCGUCGCGCUCAACGCGAACAAGAGCGCAGGUAACGGCGUCAUCGCCUUCAUCUUCAUCUUCUACGCAUUCUACGACAUCGCCAUGAGCCCGCUCCUCGUCUCGUACACCGUCGAGGUCCUCCCGUUCCGCGUGCGCGCCAAGGGCCUCAUGGCCAUGCAGAUGUGUGUCAAUGCAUCUCUCGUCUUCAACCAGUACGUCAACCCGAUCGCCAUGGACGCCCUCGACUGGAAGUACUACAUCGUGUUCUGCGUGUUCCUCGCUUUCACGGUCGUGUACUGCUACCUUUUCGUCAUCGAGACGCGCGGCCCCGACGGCCCGCUCUCGCUCGAGGAGAUCGCCGCCCUCUUCGACGGCCCACACCGCUAUGGCUUCCAGAAGAACCCGACCAUCCACCGCGCAGAGGAUAUCGAGGCGGAGGACUUGAGCGGCAAGGGCGACCUCAACCAGUCUCCCUUGGGAGCCGUCCGCCACCUCACCACCGACGGGUACUGA